CAUAGCUGCUCAGCGCUGAGGGAGAGACUCACUCAGACUCACAGCUCAUCGUCAUGGCGACGUCGUCCAAAUCAUCAGGCAGCGGCACCAAGGUGGCGCUGGCACUCUUGGCACUGUGGUCCAUCAUCUCGCUAGUGGUCAUCGUGGUGUGGUCCACGUCUCCGGACCUGAAGAGCUCGGCCCGCUGCCGCCAGGAGCUACAGGAAAACACGGAGAAGCUGGAGGGGGCCAAAGUGGUGUGGAGCAAGAACAAGGAGGCACUGGAGGAACAGCUGGAGGAGGCCCGGCGCCAGCGAGAACGCCAGGAGGUCCGCAUGGCUGCGCUGCUCCAACGACUCCACGCCGCCAACGCUACACUGGAAGCCUGCCACGACCACAAGGCGGUCAUGCAGGCCAACAUCAGCACGCUGCAAGAGGAGGCAGAGCAUCUGUGGCGGGCACAGGUCAACCUGACGGCUCAGCUGCGGCAUCAAGAAGACCAGGUGGAGGUGCUGCAGCACAACCUGACUCAAGCAGACCAUCGCAUGGAGGCGUGUGUCAGCCUGAAGGCGGCCGCCGACAACCACGCCACGGCAGCGCAGACGCAGACACGCGCCUGCGAGGCCAACCAGAAGUUCCUGCACAAACAACUUCUCAAGUGUAAAGAGCCGGACUCAGAAGCACCCCCGCCUCCGCAGACACAGAACGAUCCUGCCGGUUCGACAGCCACGCCGCUCGCCGCCAUGUCGGCCGUGACGCUGCUUGCGAGCUGCGUCAGCCUCCUGAUGACAUGAGGGGCAAGACCAACGGCCACAAGACAGCGAGCACUGCGGUCCAGGAAGGGGACUGAGCCUGGAGAGACUAAACGACUGCUGUACAAAAAAAACACACACGCACGCGCACUGCCAUGGAGAUGUGUUGCUGUUUGCAACUCCCUGUAUGCUAACCUGCAGAGACAUUUUGCUGCCACUAGAGGCGGUGCUGCAUCAUGAAUUAGGGUUAAAGUGUAUAAGAACAUAAUAAAUCAGUCAAAGGUAUUGAUAAAUAUGGCACAGUGACUGUGUAGUGCCUCUAGUGGCCUUACCGAGUAUUACAACACAAGACAAACGUCAUCACGCAAAGCUGUAAACAUUAUUAUAUUUAUGUUGCCGUUCAGUCUGUCGGCAAUCACUGAUUGUAACUUUCUAUUACAACAAGACAGUGAGUGUGCUUCACGAGACCUUUGUGCUUCAUUCUUAAACGCACGGUGACGCUUUCCCAUCUUGCUCUUUGUUAUGUAACUAAUGAAUAGGAUUGAUUUUUAGAUAUUACAGAUGAUCUUAUGAAUAUAGACGUGACAACUUAGUGGCAAAUAAAACUUUGAAACAUUUCUGGGGUGUCUGCUUUCUUCACACCACCAGAGGUCUCUUUGAUUGACAGGUGAGGCCUGUCGUGAUUUGAUUGACAGCAGUGACGCG